AUGACAGACUGCUACCGCCCCCCGGGGAACGAGACGCUGCUGAGCUCUCCCGCCUCGCGGGCCACAGGCACGGUCUUCCUGCUGCUGGCGGCGCUGCUAGGGCUGCCAGGCAAUGGCUUCGUGGUGUGGAGCCUGGCGGGCUGGCGGCCCGCGCGGGGGCGGCCGCUGGCGGCCACGCUGGUGCUGCACCUGGCGCUGGCGGACGGCGCGGUGCUGCUGCUCACACCGCUCUUCGUGGCCUUCCUGGUGAGGCAGGCGUGGCCGCUGGGCCAGGUGGGCUGCAAGGCCGUGUACUACGUGUGCGCGCUCAGCAUGUACGCCAGCGUCCUGUUCACCAGCCUGCUCAGCCUGCAGCGCUGCCUCGCCGUCACCCGCCCGUUCCUGGCGGCCCGGCUGCGCAGCCCGGCCCUGGCCCGCCGCCUGCUGCUCGCCGUCUGGCUGGCGGCCCUGCUGCUCGCCGUCCCGGCAGCCGUCUACCGCCACCUCUGGGGGGGCAGCCUGUGCCAGCUGUGCCACCCGUCGCGGACCCACGCCGCCGUGCACCUGAGCCUGGAGACGCUGACCGCCUUCGCGCUGCCCUUCGGGCUGGUGCUCGGCUGCUACAGCGUGGCGCUGGCGCGGCUGCGGGGCGCGCGCUGGGGCUCCGGCCGGCGCGGCACGCGGGUGGGCCGGCUGGUGAGCGCCAUCGUGCUGGCCUUCGGCCUGCUCUGGGCCCCCUACCACGCCGUCAACAUCGUGCAGGCGGUGGCCGCGCUGGCGCCGCCCGAAGGGGCCCUGGCGAAGCUGGGCGGAGCGAGCCAGGCAGCGAGGGCCGGCACCACGGCCCUGGCCUUCUUCAGCUCCAGCAUCAACCCGGUGCUCUACCUCUUCACCGCCGGCGACCUGCUGCCCCGCGCCGGCCCCCGCUUCCUCACGCGGCUGUUUGAGGGCUCUGGGGAGGCCCGAGGGUGCGGCCGCUCCAGGGAAGGGACCAUGGAACUCCGAGCCACCCCUCGGCUCAAAGUGGUGGGGCGGGGCUUGGGCAACGGAGACCCGGGGGGCGGGGCUGCAAAGGACAGCCAGGAAUGGGACCCGUGA